ACAUUUUUAUUAUCCUUUUUUCUCCACACGAUUUUUCUUUUUCUUUGUCUUCUCUCUCCCUUUUUUCUGUUCCUCACUGGCUAACUGACUCACUCGACCUCUACUAUCCCAUGGCUCUGCAAACGACGUCGUCGACGUCCGCGCAGCGUCUCUUCUACUCCACUACUAAUAACACUACUGCAAAGCCACCGUGUUCGGUUCUAGCGCAUACGAAUCAUUUGUUUGUUGAUUUUGUUGGACUCUACUGUAAAUCCAAGAGACGAAGCAGGCGAUUCGGCCUCUCUUCUUCCAAUUCAUCCAUUGCUCGUAACAGUUUGUCUCGAUUUGUGCAAAAAUCAAAGUCAACUCUUGUUGCUCAAUCACAACCCGAUUUGAAACCUAAGGUUGCUAACUUGGAUGACAUUAUAUCAGAAAGAGGUGCUUGUGGAGUUGGGUUUAUUGCUAAUUUGGAAAACAAAGCAUCACAUGGAGUUGUUAAGGAUGCCCUUACAGCGCUUGGCUGCAUGGAACAUCGUGGUGGUUGUGGGGCAGACAAUGAUUCCGGCGAUGGAUCAGGGCUGAUGACUUCAAUUCCAUGGGAUCUAUUUAACAAUUGGGCAGACUCGCAAGGGAUUGCUUCCUUUGAUAAAUUGCACACAGGUGUUGGGAUGGUGUUCCUUCCCAAUGAUGAUAAUUUAAUGAAACAAGCCAAACAAGUUGUUGGAGAUGUUUUUAAACAAGAAGGUCUUGAGGUGCUUGGGUGGAGGCCUGUUCCUAUAAAUAAGUCGGUUGUAGGUUAUAAUGCAAAACAAACCAUGCCCAACAUACAACAAGUGUUUGUUAGAGUUGUCAAGGAAGAAAAUAUUGACGACAUUGAACGAGAAUUCUACAUAUGUCGGAAGCUUAUAGAAAGAGCAGCUUCUUCAGAAAGUUGGGCUGAUGAGCUUUACAUUUGUUCUUUGUCUAAUCAAACAAUUGUUUAUAAGGGAAUGCUUCGCUCUGAAGUUCUUGGAUUGUUUUAUUCUGACCUUCAAAGUGAUCUUUAUAAAUCACCUUUUGCCAUAUAUCAUCGAAGGUUUAGUACAAAUACUAGUCCAAGGUGGCCUCUUGCUCAACCGAUGCGUUUUCUCGGUCAUAAUGGAGAAAUCAAUACCAUACAGGGGAACUUGAACUGGAUGCAAUCUCGAGAAAGUUCAUUAAAAUCUCCUGUUUGGCAUGGUCGCGAAAACGAAAUCCGUCCUUAUGGAAACCCAAAGGCAUCAGACUCUGCAAAUCUAGAUAGUACAGCAGAGUUGUUAAUAAGAAGUGGUCGUACUCCUGAAGAGGCUCUGAUGAUUCUUGUCCCAGAGGCAUAUAAGAACCAUCCGACACUAAUGAUCAAAUAUCCUGAGAUUGUUGAUUUUUAUGACUAUUACAAAGGUCAAAUGGAAACUUGGGAUGGGCCUGCUUUACUCUUAUUCAGUGAUGGAAAAACAGUUGGUGCAUGUCUUGAUCGAAAUGGACUUCGUCCCGCCAGGUAUUGGCGGACAGUAGACAAUUUUGUAUACGUUGCAUCUGAGGUUGGUGUUGUACCAAUGGAUGAAUCAAAAAUAACGGCAAAAGGCCGUCUAGGUCCAGGAAUGAUGAUAUCUGUGGAUUUGCUUGGUGGUCAGGUUUAUGAGAACACUGAAGUUAAAAAGCGAGUAGCUUUAUCAAAUCCAUACGGGGAAUGGGUCAGGGAAAACCUGCGAUCCCUAAAAUCUGCAAAUUUCCUAUCCGCAACAGUUUUGGAUAAUGAAGGAAUUUUACGGCGCCAACAGGCCUUUGGCUACUCCAGUGAGGAUGUCCAAAUGGUUAUCGAAUCUAUGGCUUCACAAGGGAAAGAGCCUACAUUUUGCAUGGGUGACGAUAUUCCAUUGGCAAUAUUGUCCCAGAGGCCGCAUAUGCUUUAUGAUUAUUUUAAACAACGGUUUGCACAGGUUACAAAUCCAGCUAUAGAUCCUCUUAGGGAAGGAUUAGUCAUGUCACUUGAAGUCAAUAUUGGGAAGCGAAGAAACAUAUUGGAGGUUGGACCUGAAAAUGCUAAGCAGGUUAUCUUAUCUAGUCCUGUACUGAAUGAAGGAGAGCUCGAGUCAUUGCUUAAGGAUCCCUAUUUAAAACCUCAAGUUUUGCCGACCUUUUUUGAUAUUCGUAAAGGGGUUGAGAGUACUUUGGAAAGAAGACUAGCUAGACUUUGUGAAGCUGCUGAUGAAGCUGUUCGAAAUGGUUCCCAACUGCUUGUUCUCUCUGAUCGGUCUGAUGAGCUAGAGCCUACUCGGCCUGCAAUGCCAAUUCUUCUUGCUGUUGGUGCUGUUCAUCAGCAUCUUAUUCAGAAUGGAUUGCGAAUGUCAACAUCCAUCAUAGCAGACACUGCUCAGUGCUUCAGCACUCAUCACUUUGCCUGUUUGAUUGGAUAUGGUGCAAGUGCUGUAUGUCCAUAUUUGGCAUUGGAAACAUGUCGGCAAUGGCGUCUGAGUACUAAAACUGUGAAUUUGAUGCGAAAUGGCAAGAUGCCUACUGUAACAAUGGAGCAGGCUCAGAAGAACUUUUGCAAGGCCGUAAAAUCUGGUCUUCUAAAAAUCCUCUCCAAGAUGGGCAUCUCAUUGCUUUCAAGCUACUGUGGUGCCCAGAUAUUUGAGAUUUAUGGAUUAGGUAAUGAGGUUGUUGAUCUAGCGUUUUGUGGGAGUAAGUCAACUAUUGGUGGAGCAACUUUUGAUGAGUUGGCAAGGGAGACUUUAUCUUUUUGGGUGAAAGCGUUCUCUGAGGAUACAGCGAAAAGAUUGGAAAAUUUUGGGUUUAUACAAUUCAGACCUGGAGGGGAGUAUCAUGGAAAUAACCCAGAGAUGUCAAAACUACUCCACAAAGCGAUUCGGCAAAAGAGUGAAAGUGCAUUUUCUAUUUAUCAGCAGCAUUUAGCUAACCGGCCAGUGAAUGUUCUACGUGAUCUUCUUGAAUUCAAGACUGAUCGUACUCCAGUUCCUCUGGGAAAGGUUGAACCUGCUUCCUCCAUUGUUCAACGCUUUUGUACAGGGGGAAUGUCACUUGGUGCUAUUUCAAGAGAAACUCAUGAGUCAAUUGCUAUUGCAAUGAACAGAUUAGGUGGAAAAUCUAAUUCAGGAGAAGGUGGUGAGGAUCCAAUUCGUUGGAGCCCACUUUCAGAUGUCACUGAUGGAUAUUCUCCGACACUACCACAUCUCAAAGGACUUCAAAAUGGUGACACUGCUACCAGUGCUAUUAAGCAGGUUGCGUCAGGACGUUUUGGGGUCACCCCUACAUUCCUGGUCAAUGCAGAUCAGUUGGAAAUUAAGAUUGCACAAGGUGCCAAGCCUGGCGAAGGGGGCCAAUUGCCUGGGAAGAAAGUUAGCGCAUAUAUCGCAAGGCUAAGAAAUUCUAAACCUGGAGUUCCACUUAUCUCUCCACCCCCUCACCACGACAUAUAUUCCAUUGAAGAUCUUGCACAACUGAUAUAUGAUCUUCAUCAGGUCAACCCUAAGGCCAAGGUAUCUGUAAAGCUAGUGGCAGAAGCUGGUAUUGGUACUGUUGCUUCCGGUGUUGCAAAGGGUAAUGCCGAUAUCAUACAGAUAUCAGGGCAUGAUGGUGGAACAGGAGCAAGCCCUAUAAGCUCCAUUAAGCAUGCUGGUGGUCCUUGGGAACUUGGACUUACAGAAACUCAUCAGACUCUCAUCGAAAACGGACUCAGAGAGAGGGUAAUUCUUAGGGUUGAUGGUGGCUUUAAAAGUGGAGUUGAUGUGAUGAUGGCUGCAGCAAUGGGUGCUGAUGAAUAUGGAUUUGGUUCUGUUGCAAUGAUUGCUACUGGAUGUGUUAUGGCUCGCAUUUGUCACACAAAUAAUUGUCCAGUUGGUGUUGCCAGUCAGAGAGAAGAAUUACGUGCCCGGUUUCCUGGUGUUCCUGGAGAUCUUGUUAAUUACUUCCUCUAUGUUGCUGAGGAGGUAAGAGGCAUGCUUGCACAAUUGGGUUAUCAGAAGUUGGAUGAUAUUAUUGGACGAAAGGAUUUGUUAAGACCGCGAGAUAUUUCUCUAGUGAAAACUCAGCAUCUUGACCUCAGCUAUAUUGUUUCAAAUGUGGGCUUGCCGAAACUCAGCAGCACUGAGAUCAGGAAUCAAGAUGCUCAUACUAAUGGUCCUGUUUUGGAUGAUGUUCUACUUGCAGAUCCUGAGAUCUUGGAUGCCAUUCAGAAUGAAAAAGUUGUCAAUAAAACGAUUAAGAUAUUCAACGUGGAUCGUGCGGUUUGUGGUCGUGUAGCAGGUGUGGUUGCAAAGAAGUAUGGUGACACUGGUUUUGCCGGGCAGCUGAAUAUAACGUUUACUGGAAGUGCUGGGCAAUCGUUUGGAUGCUUUUUGACACCUGGAAUGAACAUUCAGCUGGUUGGAGAGGCUAAUGAUUACGUGGGAAAGAGUAUGGCCGGAGGAGAGUUGGUUAUAAAGCCUGUGGAGAAUGCUGGCUUUUGCCCUGAAGAUUCUACUAUAGUUGGGAAUACUUGCUUGUAUGGAGCAACUGGUGGCCAAGUAUUUGUCAGAGGGAAAGCUGGAGAGCGUUUUGCUGUUAGAAACUCACUUGCUCAAGCUGUAGUUGAAGGCACCGGAGACCAUUGUUGUGAAUAUAUGACUGGCGGUUGUGUUGUUGUUAUUGGAAAAGUUGGUAGAAAUGUUGCUGCUGGAAUGACUGGAGGACUGGCAUAUCUUCUUGAUGAGGAUGACACUUUGAUACCUAAGGUGAAUAAAGAAAUAGUAAAGGUCCAACGAGUGACUGCUCCUGUUGGUCAGAUGCAGCUAAAGAGCCUUAUCGAAGCCCAUGUGGAAAAAACUGGGAGCGGUAAAGGGGCUGCUAUUCUGAAAGAGUGGGACAACUUUCUUCCGCUUUUCUGGCAGUUGGUUCCGCCUAGUGAAGAAGACACUCCGGAAGCUUGUGCAGACUAUCAAGAAACAGUUGCUGGGCAAGUGAUGCAGUCUGCUUAGGAUAUAGCAGUGCAAAUGGCCAGCUAUGAACCCUAAGAUUCAAAUGUGUAACCUGUACAGGUCAAUUACACAUGAUGGUUUCUUAAAUCGGAAUGAAGUUUUAGUGAGAAUCCAGAAUGCUUUGGUCACCAGGAGACAGGUUUCAUAAUUAAGAAGCGGCAUUCCCUUGGACGAUCCAUCAUUCCUCAAGGAUUCCGCUUGUCGGGCGUUAUAGAAUUUGUACAGUUGAUUUUCUGGCAGAAAGUGUAAAGCUAAAUUCGUUUCAGAUUUUUCCCAUCAUUGUGCGAGCUUCUAUUGUUUGAUUAUUAAUAAUGAAAAAGAGACUAUUUUAUGGCUGGUCAA